CGAGGGGAUUUCUUAUAGGGCAGCACAAGUUUACACAAGCAGGACCUGACUUGUUACAAUUUACAGUAUCCGAUUCUUCUCGCUGUGUUUGAUUUACCCUCGAUUGGAAGAUGACCACAGCCGUGGUGUCGCCUUUCUUCGACUUUAGCGAAGUGAUCAACAACAAGAACAAAAUGCUGAACUACAAUAAUAACAUCCUUAGUUCUCCACACCCUGUCUCUGUCCCUUGCACGGGGGCAAGUCUGCCCAUCUCCAACCCCACUGGGUGCCUGCUGGACAGGAAGGCUGUGGGGACACCCUCAACUAUUGGGGUUUACCAGCGCCGGAACUCUGUCACUUCGGCUAACAUCAAACUCAACCAAAACCAGUUCUUGAACAUUGCUAACGCAGAUCCAUCCUUGCUCUGCUCGGAGACUGGAACGACUGGCAGCAGCAACAAAGAGAACCGACUUCGAGACCGCUCUUUCUCGGAGACGGGGGAUCGCCUGUUACAGAAGUGUUCGGGCCCUGGAGGCCCCAACAGCCAGGUCAACUCGAGCCGUUACAAGACAGAGUUAUGCAGGCCAUUCGAGGAGAAUGGCGCCUGCAAGUACGGUGACAAGUGCCAGUUUGCCCAUGGCAUUCAUGAGUUGCGCAGCCUAAGCCGCCAUCCUAAGUAUAAGACCGAGCUCUGCCGCACAUUCCACACCAUUGGCUUCUGCCCCUACGGCCCACGCUGCCACUUCAUCCACAAUGCGGAAGAGCGCCGUGGACCUCCUCCAACCUCAUCCCCCCUUUCAGCCUCCAAUAAAAUGGAGAGGCCGCGGCUGCAACACAGCUACAGCUUUGCAGGGUUCCCAAGCUCUGGAGGCUUGAGGGACAGCCCCUGCUCCAUCACCCCUCCACCUAUAUUUUCCCCAGACAAUCUGCCUGAGUGGCCUAGCAGCAACCCCUUUACAUAUUCCAGCCAGGAGCUGGCCAACCUCUUCAGCCCCAGUUUGGGCAAUGCACCUUUAUCCUGCACCGACCCUUCCACCCAGGCCCCAUCUUCCCCAACGACCCCUUACUACUUCAGGGCCAUGUCCGAGUCUCCCCAACUCUACGAGUCUCCAUCCAGUCAGCCAGACUCGCUUUCUGACCAAGAGGGCUACCAGAGCAGCUCGAGUGGAAGUCUGAGCGGCUCCGAAUCUCCCAUCCUCGACACCACCCGCCGACUGCCCAUCUUCAGCAGGCUUUCCAUCUCUGAUGACUAAAGCACAUUGAGCCAGACCCCGUCCCCCUUUCCACUGCAUGCAGCAGUCUUGGGCAGAGAGGAUGAGACGCUAGCACUCCCUCGAUCUCUCACCAUUUCUCUGGCACCCUAGAAGCCGUAGACUUCCCUCCUUGUAUCACCUCCGCUCUGAAACCGAUGCAGUGAAUUAAGGGAUUUUUCUCUUUUUGAAGACUCUUUUUAACCAGAACAAGCUAAAACUCUCCCGGCCUCAAGGCUCUUCUGUUUUCCGUGCCUCAUCUUGCAGAGCCCCUGCUAUGUUUUUGGUGUGACUGUGCCAAACACGCAGAGUAGGAAGUGGAUUAGCGAAAUGCUAAUCGUGAGCGGUAUGAGACCGCUGUGCCAGGUGCCACAGCUGCAGUCAAGUGUAGCGGAGCCGGUGGCACGGUUAUGGGAGAGAUCUGUGCCCACCCCCCUCACGAAUUACCACUCUUCUCAAGGACACUCUUUCAUAACUAACUAAAGCUCACAAGUGUCAUGCUUAGACCUUUCACAACUGUCUUUGUAGACCGCCUUAAAGAAAAAAGAGGAAAAGAA